AUGAAUGAAAAUUUAGAUUUUAAAUUAAGAGAAGAACAAGUUUAUAUUAAUUAUUACGUACAUGGAGGUUCAAUGUACAAUAGCAAAUGUUUAAUACUAUGGAGUGAUUCAUUAUUAGCAAUGUAUAGUAUCAGUAGUGAAGAAUGUGCACGAUAUAAUGAAAGAAUUUAUGAUGAUAGUAUUAAACUGAUGGAAAUAAGUCCAGAUGAUAGUCUACUAAUGGUCAGUAGUGGUCUAAAUGAAAAGAAAACAUUUAAAAAUGAAGAUAAUGAAGAAUUAAAUAUUCUUACAGAUAAUAAUAAUGAUUAUUCUAAACAGACGUUAAAUGAAGAGAAAAUUGAAGAGGUUGAAAGCAAUGAAAUUGUUGAAGAAGAAAUUGCAAGAUAUUCACAUAAUGUUGAUUACUUUUCAGGUUAUCCAGAUGCUUUAUUUUCGACGCACAUAAAUACCAAUACCAUAUUACUAAAAUCUGAUGAAAGUAAGCAUUAA